UAUAUAUAUAUUUAUAUAUAUAUAUUUAUAUAUAUAUAUAUAUAUAUAGGUGUGUGUAUAGAUAGAGAGAACGACUGACAUAUAUUAUACUUUCAAAUAUUUAUAUAGUUUCACCCAUACAAUCAUACAUAUACAUACCUGAUACAAGUACAUUUAACACACCAUCAUGAUUCGAACCGGAAAAGCCAAGAACGCUCGCACCAAGCGUGUGAUGGACAACAGAGCUCCCAAAGUAAUUGAAAACCCAAAACAAACAUUAUUUGUACGAGGGAAUAAGACGGGAGAGGUGGUAAAUGAACUGUUAGGAGAUCUGCACACACUUAAGAAACCUCUGGCGGUUAUGUACAAGAAGAAAAACCCGGUGCUGCCGUUUGACGACUCCUCGAGUCUGGAAUUCUUCUGCAAUAAAAGUGACACAUCCCUAUUCGUCUUCGGCAACCACACCAAGAAACGUCCCAACAAUGUCGUACUCGGGCGUAUGUUCAAUGGCGCGAUCUUGGAUAUGGUGGAGGUAGGUAUAGUCGACUACAAGGGUCUCAAGGAGUACAAGAAGAGCAUCAUGAUGGGGUCCAAGCCCUGCUUUGUGUUCAAUGGAGAUAGCUUCGAGACAGACAGCUCCAUGAUCCGGAUAAAGUCCCUGUUGCUAGAUCUGUUUAAGGGUCAGAAUGUGCCGGAUAUCAAUAUCGGCGGUUUGGAGCAUGUUAUCUCGGUCACACACAUCCCCGUGACGAAGAAACAGGGCGAUGGUACAAAUGCGGUUGUACAGACGAUCGCUUUCCGAGUGUACAAGACUAAACUACUCAAAUCAGGUUCGCGUAUCCCCCGUGUAGAGCUGGAAGAGAUGGGACCGAACUUUGACAUGGAGCUGCGCCGCACACAGUUCCCCGAUAAGGCACUCAUCCAACACUCCAUGAAGCAACCGGCUGUGCUCAAGCCCAAGAAGCAAAAGAAUGUUGAGUACGAUUCUAUGGGCAACAAGUUCUCACGGGUACAUAUGGUCAGACAGGAUCUGGAUGCCAUUCAGCUCAGAAAGGUCAAGGCCUUGAAGCGAAAACCUGAGGCGUCGGCACCAGUGGACAAGGCUGACAACCCCAGGAGCGUCAAGAAAGCGAAGAAAGGAGAGACCCCCCAACAAGAAGUGAUCGAUCUAUGAGGAAUAAAGUGAAUAUAUAACCUGUCUAGCUCAAGUCAAAUAGAAUGUAUUAAAGUUACAGAUGUAUGAGUGGUUGUAUGUGGGAGCACCCCAAAC